AUGAAACCUAUCGCACAAAGACCAUAUGUUAUUAAACAUAAAGAAGAUUACUUCGAUGAGUUUUUCUUGAAAGAUGAAGUCACUAAGACUGAUAAAUAACCCUUCAUUGGAGACACUUCCAAAGAUGUUAAGAAUGGGAGGGAACUUUUGAAAGGUAGAAGACUGAAGAAGAUUAGACUAUUGGAUGAGAAACUAUCUCCUUCUUAGAACAUCUGCAACUAUUAAUAAGACAAGAUAGUUGUGGGUGAUAACACUGGAAGAAUCUAUAUUUUUAACUUCGUGACUAAGGAGAAGAAAUCUUGGAACAAACUAAAUAGCAAGGUCAUGCAAAUUAAGAUCACUGAACACAAACUCUUAGUCACUGCAGAGAAGGGAUUCGCUAUAUUCAACAUAGAGGGAUUCAUGGAAUCUGCUGAAGAGUACCCAGCGCUCAUUUUUAAAGAGUUUGGGAAAAAGACCUAUGGCUUGGAUGUAACCUAAACUGAUUAAGAGGACGACCUUGCUUUCUUCGGUAAUCUCGAAGGAGAUGUAAAGGCCAUUAAUUUAACUGAUCUAAGCCUAUCAUCCCAGCGUUCAAUUCAUGAGGGCAAGGAGCCAAGAUCUAGCUUCAUUGGAGCUAUAGAUAGACAAACUUACUACUCUUCUAACCAUAAGAAGGAGUUAAAUCUGUUCUGGGAAGAUAAUACCUACAAUCUUUUAAACAAAGAUAAAAAGACUAGAACAUAGGGUCUCAUCAUUCUAAAAGAUAUGUGCAUUGUUGCACUUUUUAAUGAAAGAUAAAAAACAUCUAGCUUCGAGGUAUUCCAAGGUAGAGAGAACAUUAAAAUACAAGAAGUUGAAUUUCUCGGGAAAAUUUAAGGCAUAUCUGCUUCAUCUACUCAAGACUUCUUUGCAUUAGCAGGAGAUAACGGAGUCGCCAUUUAUGAUAAUACUUUCGAGUUAAAUUUCUUCAUUAGAACUGAAUUUGAAGCGAAGAAACUUAUCUUCUCUGAGAACGACUAAUGGCUAAUCAUUCUAGACAAGGAUGGUUAUAUCAGAGUUAUUGAUUGGAAAUAAACAGACACUGAUCUUCACAUUGAGGAGACUGAGAUAUAUGAUUCCCAGUCAUCUAGAGACGGCCGUUCAUUCGCAGUUGCAACUCAUACUAGUGUCCAUAUAUAUAAUACUGAUAAAAUUGCCAAAGUAGGCUCCUUCUCAAACCUUAAAGAAGAGUUCACUUAUCAAAAGAUGAAGUUUACAAACGAUUCAAAUCAUCUUAUUCUUGCAUUCACGAAGGAAAACGAUGUGGAGAUAUAAAUAAUAUCCAUUGAUCAUGAGAACUAAGUUGCUUCUGGAGAGAUCAAUCUAAAUAUUGAGGAAAUUUAAGAGAUUAGAUAAAUUGAAGUGUCAACUGAACUUAAAGAAAUCUACAUAUGUUUUGGACCAUUUUGGAAUUAUCAGAUGAAUAUCUAUGACUUCGAUGGACUACUCAAAGAGAAUAUGAUUAACAUUAGAUCUAUGGCUCUAUCUCCAGAUGGAACUAUCUAAGUUCUCUCAAACGAGCUCAAUAAGAUUGAAAUCAGACACGCCAAACUCGGUAAAGUAAUUGAUGAGAUUCAAUAUGAUGAUCUUGCAAUUGAUCUAGAAUUCUUCUAAGAUUCAAAGUAGUUUAUUGCAGUUGGAGAGGAAUCAUUGAAAGCUUUUGAUAUCCUAACUCACAAAGUAUUAUUCACCAUUGAUAAAGUUCCUGCACCUUGGUCAAAAAUCCAAUUUUUAAUUAACGAGGAUAUGAUUGCAUUUGAAUCUGAGGAUAGCAAGAUCGUAUUCUAUGACACAGUUAAUUAAUCUGAAAUGGCUGUAACAAUGCCUUUGAAGAAAGAUGCAGUUGAUAAGAAGCUUCAAAAAGGAGAAUUAGUCACACAUAAUACAGCUUGGUGUGUAGCCAAUAAACUAUUCCUCAUGUAACUAGAAGAUAAGAUCUUAGUUAGGAACUUACCAUAUCUCUCCUUUGAGCAAAGCAACUAGGACUUCAUUAACAACGGCUUUGAGUCAAUGAAUGGAACAUUUAUCCCAGUCAUUGGAGGAGGACCAAAUUACAGCACUGCUUCGUUUGGGUUAAUGUACAAUUCAGCUUUUGAGAGAAAGGAUGACUCAACUUUGCUACAGACUAUUUAUCCCUUCAAACUAAAUGCCCUUCAUUGGUUCGCUCUCUCGGGUAAUAAUCUUGCCAUUGAGUACUGCUUCUUGAUUGGAGUUAAGUUUUCCUAUGAUAUCUUCUCCAAGAAUCCUCUUCACUAUGCCAUUAAGAGUCAAGAUCUCACUAGUAUCAACUCUAUAUUCAAGGGUCUUCUUGUUAUUGAUCCAGAACAAGCCUCAUUAAUAAUGUAGAUGAUUCCUUUGAACCAAUUAUUGACUUAAGAUACUCCAGACCUAGCUGAAUUAAUUAAAAGGAUUGGUGCUUACACUCCAUUAACUUAACAGUUCAAUACAGAGUAAGCAAUCCCAAAGAACUAUGAAAUAAGUAAGGACUAAACAAUAUACUGCCAGUCUACCACACCUAUCUAUUCCAUAACUGUUGCAAAUAAUCUUCACGGCAAAGACAUAGAUGACGAUUCAGAGGAUACCUAUCUUGUUUCAACUAAAAUCAUUAAUAACCCAGUGCCUUAAGAUUUUUCUAAGGCGAGUGUAGAUCUCUUGGGUAAAAUUAGAGAUUUUGAGAAUGAUGAAGUAGUUAUACAAGAUUCUAUAACUAUAGUCCUCCAAAGAAAGUGGGAUUCGUAUGCUUAGAAGUUCUUCCUGAUUCAAUUAGCUUUAUAUCUUGGAUUGCUAGGAGUUCUCAUUGCAUUCUUUGAGCUAGAAAAUGAUGCUGCAGUGUACCUCCUAGGAACUAUUGCUAUUGUUUUGACCUCCGUGUUCCUCUCUUAUGAAGUGCUCUAAAUGAUCAUUUAGAAGAAGGAGUACUUCAAAGACUUCUGGAACUGGCUUGAUAUCAUUAGAAUCUUCCUUAUUUAUUUCUGCAUCUUUACCGAAAGAAGUGACUUCAAAUUAGGAGAGUAAACACUUGCAAUCAUGUUCUCCUUUGUCUGGAUCAAAGUAAUCAAGUAUCUCCAAGUGUUCAAGCCAUUAAGAUAUUUGAUAAAGAUGAUAUUCGAGUGUAUUUGGAAUCUGAGAACUUUUAUGUCAAUUUUACUUAUUGCAAUGCUCGCUUAUGCCUAAAUCAACUAAUCUAUUAGCAAAGAUUCAAACUUCAUUCACCUUUUAAGAUCAAGCUAUGUACUAUCAUUCGGAGAACUAGGAGAUUUUGCUGAGGCUGAGGUCGUUAAGUUCUUUGUCUUCGCUCUCUUCUCAUUUAUAAUUCCUCUUGUAUUGAUGAAUUUGCUGAUUGCUAUUAUGUCCGAUGCUUAUGCUAAGAUUUAAGAAAAUUCUAAAGCUGCUGAUGCUAGAUCACUUGCUGAGAUGGAAAUGGAAAUGGAACAGUUAGUUUACUUCUUCAAGUAAUUCUUCCAAAGACAUCACUACCGUGAUGAAUUCUACUAUCUAUUCUAUACAAAGGCAAUUGACUACUCUGGAGGAGAUGAGGAGGAUCAAGUUGAUUAAAUUGUUGAGAAAGUAAAGGACCUUGUUGAAUACAGAAUCGACAGACUCGAAUAAUUGAUCAACGAUAAGUUCCCCAAACCUGAGGAAAAAGAAGCUAAUCCUGAGGUAAACAAUACAAUCAACUAGACUCACAAUUCAAACUACUAUGAGUCCCUAAACCAAGUUCAACUCUGA